AUGGCGAUCGACGCGGACAAGGCGCUUCCGCCCGAGCUCCGCGGCAAGGGCGCGGACGUCUCCGAGAGCGACCUGAAAGACUUGGAGAAGAUGCAGGACAAGAACGUCGUCCAGCUGUCGCGAUUUCAUCUCCGGUUGCGGCGCUCCGGGCCGACGCAAGUCGUGCGGUACUCCCGCGACGCCGGCGCGGCGCCGCUGUGGCCGUCGGUGACGCACGCGCCCGAGCACACGGCGCGGACCGUGCCGCCGUGCCCGCGGUGCGGCGCACCGCGGACGUUCGAGUUUCAGAUCCUGCCGCAGAUCAUAAACCACCUGAAAGUGGACAGCGAACUGCACAGCGCGGCGGAUUUCGGGAGCGCGGCGGUGUACACGUGUUCCAAGUCGUGCGCGCCGCCAGAUCCGGGCGAGGACGGGUGCGUCGUCGGACUGGACGGCGAUCUGGAGGUGUCGGGGGCGUACGCGGAGGAGGUCGUCCUCGUGCACCCGCCGCUGAACGCGUGA